AUGAAGUAUACCAUUCUAGCCUUAGCUGUUGGCCUGCUCUGCGUUAAUGCAUUGGUGCCUUCCCCCAACGAAAACACCGAUAGCGAUGUGAAAAUAGAAGCUUUUAGUGCGCUCGGGCUAACUUACAGGAUUCUGGAGGCCACCCUGCGCAGCAUCAAGGGAUUCAACUGCGUCCUCAAGUGGGUGGGCGGCAUUGAGGACAGUGCGUUGCAGUUUAACGCGGACGUGGAGUCCUGUGGCGCCACCGCCAGCCAGGAUGUGACCAAUCUGAUCAACGCUAACCUCAAGAUCGUCAAAACCUGCGACGAUAUCGUCAAUCUCAAGUCGAAAACGUGCGCCUCGGUGGAAGACGAGGAGCCCAAGGUCUCCAGCAGUUGCGUUGUGAAGACUGCGGGCAAGGUGUGGUCCCUCAAGGAGCAAGUUGAAAGUGCUAUCGCACUGGCCGAAAAGAUUCCCAAAACCGGACCGAAUGCCGUCGUCUGUGUGAGCGAUGCUGUCAACACCCUGACCACCUACUACACCGCCUUCCCAAAGAACAUGGUCAUUUGCUCUCAGCUCACCUCUUAA